UAUCACAUGUUUCAAAUAUUCCUUGCCGCCAAAUUCAGUCCCGCGCCCACGCUUAUUGCUGGUACUUGAAUUGAAUUGAAUUGAAUUAUCUACAAACACCGCACGCGGGUACGCACACUUUCCUUCUUUAUAAGGGGAAAUCACUCUUGUAUUCUUUCUCGUCCAAAACAGAGAAACACGCACAUCAUCGUACAUACAUACCACUGUUCAGAACCAUGAAUUGGGUUCGCGGAGAGUCUCUCGGCAGUGGCAGUUUCGCCACCGUCAACAUAGCCAUACCGACAAACACUUCCACUCAGUUUCUUUCUUCCACCGCCGUCAAAUCCUCCCAUGUUCAAACCUCGUCUAUGCUGAAAAACGAGAAGGAAAUACUCGAUCGCCUUGGAGCUUCCCCUUAUGUCAUUAACUGUUUCGGCGACGAUCACACGGUAGAAAACGGAGAAGAGUAUUACAACAUUUUCCUCGAAUACGCCGCAGGUGGUUCUCUCGCUGAUCAGGUAAAAAAACACGGAGGGAGGCUCCCGGAGUCUUACGUUCGGCGUUGUACGAGGUCGCUCGUCGAAGGUCUAAAACAUAUUCACGACAACGGUUAUGUUCACUGCGAUGUGAAACUUCAAAACAUUCUCGUUUUCCAGAAUGGGGAUGUUAAAAUCGCGGAUUUUGGGCUUGCAAAGGAGAAAGGGGAGAAACCGGGGAAAUUGGAGUGCAGGGGAACACCGCUGUUUAUGUCUCCGGAAUCGGUGAACGACAAUGAGUAUGAAUCUCCGGCGGAUAUAUGGGCCCUUGGCUGCGCCGUCGUGGAGAUGGUGACGGGAAAACCCGCAUGGGAUGUUCGCGGGUCGAAUAUCUGGUCGUUGUUGAUUCGAAUUGGAGCGGGAGAAGAAUUGCCGAAGAUUCCAGAAGAGUUAUCAGAAGAGGGAAAAGAUUUUCUUUUGAAGUGUUUCGUUAAGGAUCCAAUGAAGAGGUGGAGCGCUGAGAUGCUUUUGAAUCACCCUUUCGUCAACGGUGAAACCGUUUCGUUUCAGAAAGUUAAUGAGCCGUUGCCGUUACCGUCGCCGUCACCGUCUCCGAGGACACACUUUGAUUUAACUCACUGGGCUUCCACCUUAACGGCGUCGCUUCCGUCUUCCCCGGAUUCUGAUGAGUGGCGUAUGUGGGAAUUCGGGUCGUCGUGUUCGCCGGAGAAUAGACUCCGGCGGCUUGUAACCGUUCAGACGCCGGCGAAUUGGUCAGAAUCGGAUGGCUGGACAAGCAUUAGGUGAAGUACUUGGAAGUGCAGCGUUGAUUGUUCCAUGGUCAUCAGAUCUUACGGCUCACAUUCGAUCACGUUCGUUGAUUCUUUGUAUUUCAUUAGUUGUGAAUUAAGUAGAGAUAGGAGGAUUGCUAGCCUCCACCUUUGGCCAAUUGUACAGAGAUCACAAUUUUGUUUUGCUUUCGUUUCUUUAAUUCUUUAGUUGCUAUUCCCUUGCAAGAAACUGGUUUCAUCCGCGUUUGGUUUUA